GCAAUAUUGGCCAGUGUUUACACCCACUGUUUGGCUUGCCAAUUCAAUAUUACACACACAUGUCAUGCUUACAGAUUGACUAACCAUAUUCCACUAUUACAGCCUUUUCAGGCCUGUAAAUGCUUGUUCAACCCUCAAUUUCCACUGCAACACGUUUCAGCAGCUAACCGCGCCUCGCCCCAGUGAAUCGCGGCCCCUCAGCCAAUCACGACAUCGCGGUUCUUUAGCCUCAUUGGAUGGCUGCACCUCCCACCUUGAACUAACCUUAACUAACCACCAAAUCAGUCCUGGCCAGCCUCACUCUCUCCAACAACCACAUCUCAUCUACCAUCGGCUCCCGGCAUUGAUGCUCAGGACGACGGACACUGUAUUAUCACCCUAUUAUCAUUAACGACGACUAUUGGAUCGCCCCCCGCGACGCGCCGUUAUAUCAUAAUAACCCUUCCCUGCGCUGCCACAUCUUCCCGAACGGUGCUGGCAGAGACGCACAACAACCCGAAUCGACAACAGUCGGGCGACAAGAUCUAUACGAGCGACUAGACGCUGCGCCCGAGUGGCCGCAUUUUUUUACUCAUAAUGGCGGCGAGGAAACUGGCCCAAGAGGUCGACAAGUGCUUCAAAAAGGUCUCCGAGGGUGUGGCUGAAUUCGAAGCUAUUUACGAAAAGAUCGAACAAUCGAGUAAUCCUGCCCAGAAGGACAAGCUAGAAGAUAACCUGAAACGCGAGAUCAAGAAGCUCCAGCGACUGAGGGAUCAAAUCAAAACAUGGGCCGCCAGCAACGACAUCAAGGACAAGGCUCCCUUGCUGGAGCAUCGCAAGCUGAUCGAGACGGUUGGUCCCCGCCACUGACAACGGAAUGCCAUCCAGUAUUUUUAUUGACGGUUGUAUCCGGUUUUUAGCAAAUGGAAAAGUUCAAGGCCGUGGAGAAGGCCAUGAAGACGAAAGCAUACUCCAAAGAAGGUCUAUCAGCUGCCGCCAAGCUCGAUCCCAAGGAGCAGGCAAAGGUUGAGGCCAGCGAAUUCUUAAGUGGCAUGGUCGACGAGCUGGAACAGCAAAUCGAGACACUCGAGGCAGAGGGCGAGUCGAUACAAGCGACCAUGAAGAAGGGCAAAAACAACAACACCAAGGCCGAACGCAUCGCCGAAAUCGAACGCAUUAUCGAACGACAUAAGUGGCACCAGGGGAAGCUGGAACUUAUCAGGAGAUCCUUGGAGAACGGCGGAGUUGAACCCGAGCAAGUGACCGACCUAGAAGAGAGCAUUCGAUAUUAUGUGUCGGAUGGCAUGAACGAAGACUUUAUGGAGGAUGAGGAGAUGUAUGAGGAGCUCGACCUCGAGGACGAGGAAGGUACCUAUGGCAUGGCCGCGGACAACGAGAAGAACUCUUCUCUGGAUGCGCAAUCUGUGCAAGAGGACCUUACGACCGACAAUGACUUGCCAAAGACACUGACGAGAAAGGCGCAGAAGGAGGCUGACCCAGUACGGAGGACAUCUUCUCAGACAAAGUCCCCUUUACCUGCACUCGCGACGCUCCAUGCUCCGUUACCGACUAUCAGCAAUAGCAAUUCCGGUACGCCGGCUAUGAAGCCAGCAUCAGUACCUACAAGGCCCGCCGGAGAAGGACUCAAGUACGCUUCAGCUGCCGCUGCCGCCGCCGCGAGCGAUAAGAACAACGUUGGUAUCUCUCCGCUGCCUCCGCCCCCUGGUGCCGCAUCAUCAAGCAUAUCCCCAUUGCCGCAAGCCCGAAGCAGCGCGACCAACUCUCCUGCUACAUCCUCUGCCCAGCCCGCGUCUCAACAACCAGAGUCAAAGCAGCCCACGCCAGCUCCUGCUCCUGCCGAGCCAGAACCUGUAUCUGCGCCAGCCCCUGUACCUGUCACCACGAAACAGUCCAAGCGAUCAAAGGCUGCUGGCAAACAAGCAGCAGCCCCCGAGGCCGCUCCAUCUUCAAAGGCUCCAAGGACAAAUGGUACAGCCAAUGGUGUCAAGCAGACCGAGGAAGAGGAAGAAUGCAUCUACCACUUACCAGCAUCGUUACAAGAUCUCGUUGACACAUAUGAGACGUCGAGAAAGCGGCCGUAUCCCCCAUCUGCGCCAUCAGCUCUGCGCAUGAUGACUGCCAGCCAGGCCAGCUGCCCCGAUAUUGUGGAUGCCGAUGUUCCACGAUCAUACCGACCCGACCAACCGGUACCCCCAACAGGGUCAGGAUUUCCCCGCGAGCCACUUGCUAUCUUCGAUGACCCGCGGUUGUACUCCCGUAUGGACCCUGAUACUCUGUUUUAUGUAUUCUACUAUAAGCAGGGUACUGCCCAACAGUACAUGGCAGCUAAGGCUCUGAAAGAUCAAAGUUGGCGAUUCCAUAAGCAGUAUCAGACUUGGUUUCAAAGACAUGAGGAGCCUAAGAACAUCACCGAAGACUUUGAGCAAGGCACAUAUCGAUUUUUCGACUAUGAGAGCACAUGGAUGAAUCGACGCAAGGCUGACUUCAAGUUUGUCUACAAGUUCCUUGAAGAUGAGGUCUAAUCGAGGGUGCUUCUUCAAUGGAGAUUUAAGUCCAUUGGCCGUGUAUGAGAAAUAUGGGACGGAGCUAUCGGUUUUGGUUGGACGCACCUUGGUUUUGUGAACUCCUGGAGAGGGCGUAUUAAGAGCACAGAGAGAGUAAGAAAGGACUUAGGCGGCAACCUCAUCUUGCUUUCAUCGUCAGCUUUUGAUGUGCUUUCUGGCGCAGGUAAAUAUGCAACAUGCUAUGCGGGGCGUUAUCAACCUCAUUGUUUGAGAUAUGAAUACGAACCUUUCGAGUGCAGGGCUGUCGCCCUGAACUACUAUUCUGCCGAGGUGUAUGGUCAAAUGUGUGUGGCUCGUUUGCCUCGUUAUAUCCGUGAUCAAUGUCUUCCCGAGAGGAACUGGUUCCUUGGAUGGUCUAGACCCUCUGCAGCUCGACAGCCUCUCUUUCAGCCAGCGCAGCCUCGGACUCGGUAGACGUUAGGGCAAGGCUCUCUUAGUGACGUACAGUGAUGUGAGGUGUUCCAUUCCUCCGUGACUGACCGCACGGUGCCUGCAUCGACGUGGCACGUCCUGAGCUGUAGCAAAGGUGAAGCGUUCAGACUAGUGAAAUUUGAGGUCAAGUUGGGUGAACAACCCAAUAUCUGAGGGCUACUACAUUGCUGCCCAAAAGCCGAGGAAUGAGUUAAGAGUAUUGGAUUUCGCGACUACUUGAAUGUAGAUAGACCCGGUCUCCAUAGGAAGACGGUGAGACACUCUUUGGGUUCAUCAAGUUUCCUCUUCUUGUUGU